AUGCAUCUUACCCUAGUCCAAACGCCCGACAAAACCCCCCACGUGACUCCUGUCACGGAUUCCUGGGGAAAUCAGGUUGGGAAAUCGAAACUAUUGGAACGAUUUCUCGUUGACUCUUAUAAAGGUCAACAACAUUCAACGUACGCUUUAAAUAUAUUUAAAUAUUCAACAAAAAUCGAGGGAAAGAAUACAGUGGUUGAAUUUUGGGAUACUGCUGGGCAAGAACGAUUUAACAAUAUUCAUCCAUCAUAUUUUCAUCAAGCACAUGCAUGCAUUAUGAUAUUUGAUGCCACAAGAAAAAUAACAUAUAAAAAUCUUGAUAGAUGGUACCAAGAACUACGAGAGGCGAGACCAGCAAUUCCUUGUUUAUGUGCUGUGAAUAAAAUUGAUGCUGAUUUAAAUAUAACAAAGAAAAAUUUUAAAUUUCCAAAGAAAAAUGAUAUGCCACUCUAUUUUGUAUCGGCAGCAGAUGGAUCAAACGUUGUCAGAUUAUUUCGUGAUGCAAUCAGAUUAGCUUAUGCUUACAAAUCAGGUGAUUCACAAGAUUUUAUUGAUCAAAUACUUCGAGAACUAGAGGUGAGAGAGUAUUGA